UGUGGCGCACGGUUGAAAACCUUCAGUAGCAGCAGAAAAGCGCACACGAAAUCAGUCCAACUAAAAACAACAACAAAAGAAAAAGUCAAAAGCAACGAGAGACGGCAAUUGUGUAUUAUUGUUAUUGUUGUGCUUGUGUAUUGUGCAAUAUCGCAGAAAGCAAAAAAUAUUCACGUACAUUGUAGAUUUCAAAGCGAACAACCAAUAACAACAACAAAUGCAAAAUCAAACAAUUUUAACAACAAAAAUAAAGCAAAAAAGCUGAUUCUACAAAAUAAACAGAAAGGAAACCUAAGCGAUAAAAAUUUUGCAAAGGCGCCAAUUGAAAGUGCAAUACAAAGUUGAAACGCAACGUUUCACACCAGUUGAAAGAAAGUGUUCAAUUUGGAAAGCGACAUUAAACAAAUACUUGUUAAUCUCUUCGAAUUCAGUGAAGAGUAUCAAGAGUAUCAAAAUCUCGAGCGCGCGCGUUUUCCCCCAAGAUAUUUAACAAUCGUUUUGUUCUCGCAUCUCGUGUGCCCGUGUGCAAACUUAGUGUCAACGUUCCUUCGUCAUAAAUAAAAUAUUACCAAAACACUCACACAUUUGAACACACAUCUCACACUAACUCUCUCACACACACACAGAACAUAUAGUCUUGCAUUAACGUGAUUUGUCGCCAUAUCCGUUUGUGCAACGUCUAACAUUUGAACAACCCAGAACAACCCACGUGCAAUUGAAAUCCAACUUCUAUUCUAUACAAGUGAAUCAAGGCUCCGGCCCGACACCAUCAAGAUUUUCACGAAAAGAACUCUGUUCAACACGGAGGCUUCGCUCAAUUUCAACACGGCGACCACAAUGCCCUAUAACGGUGCUAGCAACGGCAGCGGAGUCGGUGGUGCCGUAGCAGGAAGCAGUGUCAGCGGUGGCGGGGCCACCAUCGUCGUCAGCGAGGGACCCCAGAACAAAAAGAUACGCACCGGCGUUCAACAGCCCGGAGAGAACGACGUCAACAUGCAUGCUAGGUCCACACAAAAUCAGAGUCAGCAGCAAGCACUUAUGAACAAGUCAAACGACGACCUAAGGAGAAAGCGUCCUGAGACUACACGGCCAAAUCACAUUCUACUCUUCACUAUCAUAAAUCCCUUCUAUCCCAUCACAGUUGAUGUCUUGCAUAAAAUUUGCAAUCCACAUGGCCAAGUGCUGCGCAUUGUCAUCUUCAAAAAGAAUGGCGUUCAGGCCAUGGUCGAAUUCGAUAGCCUCGAUGCCGCAACACGUGCUCGCGAGAAUCUCAAUGGAGCCGACAUCUAUGCCGGUUGCUGCACUCUAAAAAUUGAUUUUGCCAAGCCAGAGAAAUUGAAUGUUUAUAAGAAUGAAACAGACACCAGCUGGGAUUAUACCCUGAGCACAGUUAAGGAGAUUGGAAAUGGUCGCUCGCCAUUACUGCAGGAGCCUCUUUACGGUACACGACCUCAGCCCUACAGUAAGUCGCUGUUUUCUAUACCCGAAAAUGUUGUUGUGCUUGAGAGCCAGCCACCACUAUUGGGACCAGGCACCGCCUUCCCGCCAUUCGGAGCACCCGAAUACCAUCCCACCCAGCCGGACAACUGGAAAGGCGCCGCUAUCCAUCCAACUGGCCUCAUGAAGGAGCCCACCGGAGUCGUUGCCGGCCGCAAUGCGCCAGUCGCCUUUGCCCAGCAGGGCCAAGCUCAGGGCGCUGUCAUGAUGGUCUAUGGCAUGGACCAUGACACUUCCAACACAGAUAAGCUCUUCAAUUUGGUCUGCCUGUAUGGCAAUGUCGCACGGAUCAAGUUCUUGAAGACAAAGGAAGGCACCGCCAUGGUACAAAUGGGCGAUUCGGUGGCCGUUGAGCGUUGCGUGCAACAUUUGAAUAACAUUCCCGUUGGCACUGGCGGCAAAAUACAGAUUGCAUUCUCAAAGCAGAACUUCCUGUCGGAGGUGAUCAAUCCAUUCUUGCUGCCGGAUCACACCCCCAGCUUCAAGGAGUACACUGGCUCCAAAAACAAUCGUUUCCUAUCACCGGCCCAGGCCAGCAAGAAUCGCAUCCAACCACCGAGCAAAAUCUUGCACUUCUUCAACACACCGCCCGGUCUCACCGAAGACCAGCUCAUUGGCAUAUUCAACAUCAAGGAGGUGCCAGCCACAUCGGUGCGUCUUUUCCCAUUGAAGACGGAGCGUUCGUCGUCGGGUCUGAUCGAAUUCCCCAACAUCUCGCAGGCUGUGCUCGCCAUCAUGAAGUGCAACCAUCUGCCUAUUGAGGGUAAAGGCACCAAAUUCCCAUUCAUCAUGAAGUUGUGCUUCUCAUCGUCGAAGAGCAUGAACGGCGCCUGGAAUAAUGCGGCCAAUGAGGGCAUGAUCGAGAAGGAGAAUGACGGCGAUAUCAAGGUGGAGAUUUACAAUUGAGAUUUGAUUACCAUUGUGUAAGCAACAACAACAACAACCAGCCCAGAUUGCAACACACAAUACAUAAGAAAACAAACAACUAUAACAACAAGAGCAUGAAUGCAGCAACUUUGAAGAUGGAGGAGUAAACAAAAAAAGGAGGCGAAAUAGCAUUGGAUGGGAAGAGAAACGAAGAAGCAGAGGAGAAUGACGACACAUCGGCAACAAUAAUAAAUUUAGUAAUUGUAGCGCAAAAACAAUUGCGAAAUUGAAUGAUGAUUGGAAUACAUAUUGAUAAUAUUGAUAUAUGAUCAGAGGGCAGUCUGCACUCUGCAAGAAGAAAAACCAACACUGGGGAUUACAAAUUAAUGAUAAAUUGCAAAUAUAUAACACAUACACAUACACACACACACACUUAUACAUUAAAAACUACAACUUAAAGCUAAUACUUAAAAUCUUAAAACAAUUCGCAAACGCAUGUAACUUUUCUACGCGCCAUUUACUUUAAAAUCGAAUCACAAUUUAACAUUAUAAUUAACACACAACAACAAAAUGGCGUCGUUCGAAAGCUACACACAGACAGACACUGACACAAAAACACACACAGACACUUACACACAUGCACUUUACAUGCGUUUGCGUUACGUCAACAUCAUCAACAAAUAACAACAACAAGAACAAUUGUUAUAAACUUGUGGAAGAUUAGAAAAAAAAUUAGGUUAAAUAAUGGUUUAGUUGCAUCUAAAAACACCAAAAUUUUUUCUUAUUUUUUGUAAAGUUUUUCGUGUGUGUUUUUCACUUAAUGAAAAUUAAAUACAAACAAACAAGAGAUACAACAAACAACAAUUAACAAAAACAAAUUGUAAACAAUGUAAUAUGAAAUUAAUAUAAUACUAAUAAAUAUAAAAUUUAAACACACACACACAUCGCAAAUGCAAAUGCAAAAUUUUACAAAACACAUUUUAGUUAAUUAUGUCAAAAAAUAUAUAUUUUAAUAUAGCAACCAAAUGCAACACCUAAAAUUUCUUUGGACAAUAUUUCGAACAAGUAUUCAUGUGUGAGGCAGAAAAUAAAAAAAAAAAACAUUAAAAUAUUUAUUGAAAUGUGAAAAAGAAAAAGAGAAAAAGAUGCGAGACAAAACGUGUAAAAUUAAACCAAAAAUUUAGCAAUUUUAAAUCAAAUUUAUUAAUUUUAGUUAUGCGAAUUUCAGAGAGAAAAAACUUGCACAAGCCAAUGUUUUUACUUUUAUGUUUACUUUUGAUUUUCUAAAAGAGUAAAUAUUAACAAAACAAAACAAAACAAAACGACGAAAAAGACAAAAGAACAUUAACAUACUUUUUGUGCUUAAUUUACAAAAGUUUCAAAAGGCAUAAAUUUAUAUGUAUGAGCUGUAAUGUAUUUAAAUUAAAUUAAUAUUAAUUAUAAUUUUACACUAAAUGUAAAAAGCAACAACACUAAAACAACAAACAAAAACAAAAAAGAAAUGAAGAAAAACAAACAAUUAAAACAAUUAUUGCAAAAGCAUAUUAAAUAUAAAACUUAAUUUUUAAGUGCAGCAAAGAACUUGAGACAGGCAUACAUAAAAAAGAAAAAGAAAAUAUAAAAAAUAUUUUUGAGGCGUUUUAAGGUAAACAGAAGAGACAGAGCCAAACAUUUCAGAACUAAAAGUAUACUUGGCGCGACGCAUUAAAUAAAAAAAAAAAACAGAAGGGAAAAUAAAAUUAUAAAUAAUUUAAAAAGAAAAACAAUAUCAGCAAUAAAAGCAACAGUAACAACCAUAUCAAAGGCGUAUGUUAGAUUAAAUAUAACAGCAAAUAAAACGAAAUGAAAAUAAAAUAAAAUAAAACUAAUAACAAUACAAAAUUAUAUAACAAUUUCAUUUGACUUUAGUUUAAGCAAUCUGCAGUUAAGUUAUACCCCACAAACAUUUUUUAGUUUUUAUUUUUAGUUCUAUGUGACAGUCUGUAAAUUAAGCAGGGCGAAGUUCUAUAUAGAGUACAUAUAUCAUAUAUAAUAUAGCACCUUUGUUCUAAAUGCAAAUCAACGAAUACUAUAUGAUGUACUAUAUAGAGCCGUAAAACGAAUUUUUCACGCAAAUCGCUUUUCUCAUCAUUAUCAUUAACUUUCUUUUCGUCAUCAUACUAUGUGCAAUUAUUGCUUUAAACUACAACAAAAACAAAAAAACAUCAAGAGAAAGCACUUCAUUUAUUUAUUUGUAGCAAUCUUUUUGAUCAUUUUAUUCGUUCGUUUGUUCAUCCCCUUAAUUAUUGAUUUUUGCCUUAUGUCUUAGUUUUUAUGUAAAUUGUUGUAAAUCGUAUAAAUUGUAAAAUAUUUUUCUAUAAUUAAGUAUAAUUGUACUUAAUUUAGUGAUUUAUUGAGAAAAGGAAAGAAGAAACAAACGGAAAAUCUCGAUUAUAACUAAAUCAUACAAUUUAUUUUCUUAAGAAGUUAAAGCAACAACGAUCUUAAAGCUCCUAAUUAGUGCAUAAUAAUAAUAAAAUAAUCAAAUAUAUACAUAUAAUACAAUUCAACAUGGUAGCUACAACAUGGUAUAUAAAAUCAGAAGAGAGAGAGAGAGAUCAUAAACAAAAUAUUGAUUUUAUAAUAUCUAUAGGAAAACAACAUUUUACAGCAUUGUAUAAUUUUAAUUUAUAUUCUUUAUGCAUAAAACAAAGUAUAUAUAAUAAUAGUUAUAUAUAAAUAUAUAUAGACGGACGUGUUCGAAAUUCUAUCAUCAUUUCUGCACGGGAAUGAAAGUUGAUUUCAGAAUAUGCCUGAAUAUAUAUGUAAUUUGUUUUAUUUAAUAUUUAAAUUUUGUUGUUAUUUUUUUUCUUGUGUGCCCAAAGUUUGUAAUAUGCGCGCUCAUUUUUUUGAUAUAAAUAUAUAUGUACGAUACAUGUAAAUUAAUUUAGCACUUUGUUUUUGUUUUUGUUUCAUUCUUCAAUCUUCAUCAACAGAUCAUCAGAAACAUGGAAAUAGUUUUUAUAUGGUUUACAGGAAUUGAAACGUGACAAAUAAUUUGCUAAAUGAUGAUACUAAAUAUACUACUUUAAUGAAUGACACAUCCAAAGAACGCACAGCCCUUUCCCCAUUUAUAUUUUUUACUUUCUUCUUUUGAAAUAAAAUAAAUAAUAAAUCAAUUAACAAAAAAACUAUAAAACUAUACCAAAAACGAUAUGCCAAAUUGUUAAAGCGAAAAUCCUGAAUUUUUAACAUAUCGAAAUUUAUAAGGCGGUUUAAGUUAAACGAUUUUACAAUUUAGGCAUAACAAGUGUAUUUAAAAAAUAAAUACAUUCCCUGAAGAAUACUUUCAACAAACUGCUACGAAAAACGAAAAGAGAAAAAGAACAUAAUCCAUUUGUUGAAAACAAACAAUAUAUAUGAUCAAAGAUUAAUGAUAUAAACGCCCAAGCAGCAAGUAUUGUAUCCAAAUGAUUAGUGUUAAGCGAUAAUAAGUUAUGAUUAGUGUGCUUAAAUCGAUAAUUCCAAAAAUAAUGAAAAUAUUAGCAAAAUUAUUUUCAUUUUAUUUUCUAACUAGUCAAAAACAAGUUAAACUUUACUUUAUACGCAUUGGAAAUCAAAUACAGAUCUGUUCCGAAAUCCUCUAUACAUAAUGUAUUAUCAUAUUUUUUGGGUUCCCGAAAGAAGUAUUCAGCGGAAUUGAAUUCGGAACAGGUCGUUGAACUAGUCAAAUUUUGUUAAGGUUGUCAGCAAAUUGAAUUUGUUAAGCAAAUAAGCGCACCCAAUUUAAGUUCUCUAUUUUUUUAUUUUUCGUAUAUUUUUUUUUUUGGUUAACUCUUUGCAAAUGCCGCGUAGUUUUCAACUCUAAAAAAAAAUGCGCAUGGGGCACAAGGUAGGUGCUGUUUAUGAAUACGAUAAAACUCGAAAUGAAUUUUCACCAUUUUAAUACCAACAAAUAUCCGUUGUGUUGAGGCGUUCUUUGAGCGAUAUUCAAAACGGUUUUUACUUAGUUCUUGUAAUUCGCAUUAUUCACACUAAUGAUUACACAACAACAACAACAACUUUAUUAAGAACAAAAACAAAAAAUGGACCAGUUUAUUCAGCAUUGAAUUAACAACCACCAAGAAUCAAAAACAAAAAGAAAUUAUAUACAUUAUAUAAAUUGAUGAAACCGUCCAAUUAUGAAAAAAAACAGCAACAACAACAACAACAAGAAACAACACCAGACACCAGACAAAACACGAGUUGAAAACUGCUUUCCCAAAAACCUAAUCUUACGAUCGCCCCUGUUGCUGCAAACAUUUCGCAUUAAGCCUAAAAGCAUGCUACGUUUUUAGUGACACUAGGGCGAUUUGAAUAUUUCCAUGCCAUGCUGCUUACACGAGUUACAACUACAAAGCUACAAACAAUCAGGCCAAAUCCGAGCUCCACAUCACAUCAACAUGUGUUGUUGAAACAUAAAGCAGAAAAGUCUCUGUGCUUUUGUGGGAACUUGGAAAUGCUCUGAAUGGAAUACAUUUUAUUUGUGAAAAACAAAAACAUUUUUAGUUGCAAAACAAUUUUUUGUUUUGAUUUUUGUAUUUUCCAGCAAAUGAAAAGAAAACAACACUAAACAAAAUAACAAAAAAAUUAAAAAAACAAAAACCAACAACUUUGUACACCGAAACGAAUUCAUAAUAAUCUAUGAUGAAAUGCAUAUUUGAGAGCAAUCCAAAAAUUAUGAAAUGAGAAAACACGUAGCGUAAAAAGCGAAAAACUACAUAUGAGAAAAAAUGCAUAAAAGAUACUACAACUAUAUUCUUAUAGGCUUAUAGUUUAUACUAUACUUACAUACACACAUACAAGUACUUAUAUAUACAUAAAAAUACAUUUAACGAAAUAUUUACAUAUAACUAUACUACUUACAUAGAUAUACUUAUAAAUAUUACAACAGAGGGCAUAAUCACGCAUAGCAAAGUAAAAAAUACUAACAUAAACACACACUAACACACACAUACACUCUCACAAGACAUAUGAUAUGUGUAUAUAUCUUAAAUAUAUAUAGUUUUUAAACAUGAUGAAGUAGCGCGUGUCAAUUUUAAAUUCAAAAGCGAAAUGAAUUUAAAGCGAAUCUGAAAUCGCUUUGAGAAAACAUUACCAACAAAAUACUUUACAUAAUUACACCACAAAUUACACAAACUACACCAAAGACAACAGACAGACACAUGACACAAGACACAGACACAGACACCGACACAGACACACAGACAAAGGACGAAGGAAAAGGAUGUCAGGCCAACAGGCAGGAAAGUUUUAAUACUAAAUAAAGGACAACUGCAUAGUGUAGUCGUAAUUACUGGUGAUAAUUUUGAAAAAAUCUUAAAACAAUAUUAUUAAACAAAAAAAACGAAAACGAAAACAAAAACCAAAAAUAAAAAUGAAAAAAUAUCUAAAAAAUGAAAAAAAUGCAAAAAAAAAAAUAUAAUCGAACAUAAACUGACACAACGUACUGUUAUUCGAUGCGUACGCGUAUUAUUAGCAGCUAUGGAUUUUUCCCCAACAUCCUCAAUCCCUUCUCCCCUCAGCCCUCAAAUAGAUGUCUAUAUAAAAAUAUAUACUUAUAUAUUCAGAUCAUUCCUUAAUGUUAGUAUAAUAAUAAUUUCCGGGCACACUAAACAGAAUUCCAAUGGAAAAGGAGGAAAUAGAUGAAAACAGUUCGAGUAAAAAAGCGAUAUACUUGUGUAUUUCUUCAGUGUAUUAGUAAAUUAGGCAUUCAAUUUAGAGCAAGAGCAGUAUUUAGUUUUUCCCAUAUUACAGAGAGUGUUUUCCCAACACUCACUGAAAGUCGCAUACAACAACAACAAUUCAACUGGGAUCUCAUUGUAAAGGUGCUUGCGAUUUAAAGCAAAUGCUCCAAAUAAUUUAUUGGGUAUUUUAAUCGCAAUCAUUGCUCCAUAUCAGUGUGUGUGCAAUAGAUGCUUGUGUGUGUGUGUGUGUGCAUACAUUGAAGUCUCCUAUAAAGUAGAUGAUGUCGCUCUAUGCUUAAAUUGAACGGCGUGAACUAAGCGCUGACCACAUUCAAACCGAUUCUCUCAUUGAUAGGAGUUAAUUUAGUGCUGCGCAUCAAUUUUAAACGUUUUCGUUAUCAGAACGGAAGUAUCUCUCUUUGCAUUGAGAUCGAUUGUAAACCGAUAAUUUAUAGAGAAGAAAUGCAAGUCUGAGUUGUCGAUAAAUAUUCUCAGUUAGCCAAGCAGAUCCCAGAAGAAAUUUACUCUUAAAGUACAUGACAUCGACCGGUUGUAAACUAACACACACACACACACACAAAUGAACACCCACAGACACAAAGAACAAGAAAUUACAAGACAAAAUACACACAAACACACGUAGAGAUGUGAAUACUUAUAUAUUCUCUGCUUAAGAACGAGAACGCUAGAGUCCCAGACAAGUUGUUUAUUUUGGCGUGUGCAAUAUAUAAGUAUAAUUUGACUUGUGUUUAGUUAACACAAUUUCACGUAUUUAAUAAUAAUAGCAAUGUUAAUAUGUAAUUUAGUUGAAUUUGCGUUGAACGUUUUAGUUUAGUUAAUGCAUAAAUUUAAUUUUAGACUUGUUUGUAUUAUGGCGAAAAUAGGUAUAUUGUUUCACACACUCAUACACACACACACACACAUACACAAACGAACACAUAGCCACUUGUUAAACUAAUCCACCGAAUAAAAACAAUCUCAUUAACUAAAUUAAUUAAAUUAAAAAAAAAAACAAAGCAUAAUCAACAAUAACAUUUUGCAUCUAUUUUCGCCAAGCUUUUGCUUUUCUGUUUGCAUUUAGUAGCACUAAUAUUAAUGCCGCGACUGUAAAAUCGACGCUGCAAAAAAGUGCAGCAUACUUUGAGGGUGCAUUCAAAAAUCACGAGUGAACAAGAACAUGAAAUGAAGCGAUAAAAUAAAAGAAGACGAGAUUAAGAUGAAUAUGAAUUAGAAAGCAUCAACAAAAGAACGAUAUCAUAGAAACAAAUUUAAAUUGAAUUUUCUAAGUGUUUAGUCGAAAAAACGCGUAAAGAUCGUAUCGUAAUUUACUUAAAAAUAGAGAAUAAUAAAAAUACACUUAAUACUAACACACUACAUAUGCUACAUUAUAAACUUAACACUUACAUAUAUAUACAAACAUAACACUCAUACAUAAAUACAUUCGUACAUACAUACAUACAUACAUGCAGUCAUACAUAAUAACAUAAGCCUACAGAAUGCAACAUAAUCAGAUCAACCAAACAACUUUUGAUAACAACUUUUCGAUAUUUAUUAACAAUUUUUGAAACACGUUUCUGCGUCUCGAAUACAUCAACAUCAACAUCAACAUCAACACCAACACACACACACACACACAUGUACACAUUUUCAAUACGAUUGCUAUGUGCAUUGAAAUAUCCAUCAAUCAGCAGAAUUAUAUCAAACUGAAAGUAUCGAAUGAAUCCAAUAACAAAUAUCACACAACAGCAAAUUUGUUUAUGCGAGUAUAUAGACACACACAAUCACUCACACACAUACAUACAUGCAAACACUCACACUCACACGCAUAUACAGUCACACACAAUAUGACAAUUUAUAAACAAUUAUUAAAACUACUAUUUAUUAAAUGUUGUUAGCAUUUCAAAAACAAAAAAAAAAGACAAAAAAAAAACAAAAAGAAAAACGCUGUAGUGCAAAUGCAAAAACAAAAAAUGAACAAAACAGAAAAUUGUAUGCAAAACAUUAAAAAACAUAUUUAAAUUUAAGCGAAAAAUACAGAGAAAUUCGAUACAAACGAAAUAUCUCAAAAAUACAUAAACAACCACAACAACCAAAACAAAACAAAACAAACAACAAACAAUACAACAAACAAAAUACAAAUACAUAAUACAAUUCUUUGAUCUUGAGCGAAACAAAUAAAUGAAAAACUUAAACUUAUACACAAAAAAAAGAGAAAAAAAAACUCAAAAGAAAAGUUUGUUUUAUUUCCACAACAACAACAUCAAGAACAACCAACAACAGAAAUAUAUCAUUUAUUUCGAUCUUAACUCACUUCAAGAAACUCACCGUAUACUUUUAUCAUAUUUACAGUUAACAAGCAGUACAACAACAACAACAACAACAACAACAACAGACAACACUAUAACAAGAACAACAUCAGUAGAGUUCAGUUAGUGGCCGCAUAACAACAACAACAAGAACAACAACAAUGAACAAGCACUACAGUCACCAAGUCCUCCUAACCAAACCUUCAACAACAAAUACAACAAUAUUAACAACAACAACAACAACAACAUCAACUACAGCUACAACAAGAACAACAACAACAACCACCUCCAUUACAAGAACUAGAACAAGAACAACAACCGAAGUAAUCGUAAUUCGUUCUCAUUUAGACAACAACAACAACUGCAUGAGAACACUUUGUUUAUGAUAGAAGAUCUGCAGACUUGAAACUUUAUAAAUAAUUUAAGAAUGCAAUAAAAUCACAAAGAAAAAUAAGACAUCUGUAGUGUUGCACUUAUCACAUUUUAUUGUCAAAACUGUUUUAAAUAUUUUUGAAUUUGUGCCAUUGAUAGAACAUUCGGGAAUUCCACCUACAACUAGUUCAAUAAGUUUUUUAAAGUUUUCAUGCAGUUGUAAAUAUUUCUAUAAAAUUUCCAAACCAAAUGAACUUCAGUCCCAAAUUCCUCUGCCUGCUGCAUGUGGUAAGUAAUCGAUAUAGCCACAAUAAUGUUUAACAAACAAAUUUGUAAAUUUCAUUCAACAAUAAACAAAAGAAUGUAAAGCGUUUGAUUUGACAGUUGAAACCAAACAAUUUUGCCUUGGGUAUGAUAUUAAUCAGAGAAGCGCAAUCAACUUGAAAAUUUAAUUAAUCCUGUUUUGCUUUCAAAUCAUUUAUGCUAGGAAUUCUCUCGACUAAACAGAUAUCCUUUGCCUUUCUCACAUUGUCCAUUAUUAUUCAGAACUCCCAAUAUAAAAUCGAAUCAAAGCAGGGAAAAUAAAGCGAAAGCCUCAACAAUUUAAUUUAGUUCGUGCACAAAACUAAUAAACAAACCCAACAGCAACAAAACAAAAAUAACAAAAUACACAAAUAAACAAUAAUAAAAGAUGUGACAUGCGGGAAGCGGCGGCAGCCAAAAAGCGUGAAGCAACAAACCAGAAAAUGAAAUGAAAAUGUAAAUCGAAAAACCAAUUCAAACCAUGCGGAAAUUUGCGCAAAUGUAUGGAAAAAUGUUGCGCCGCUGGGCAUUUGGCCUAAAACAAAUUAAGCGGUUUAUGUGCAACAUUUUGCGGCACUUCUUCUCUCUCCUUUGAGGGAGGGGCAACACAAAAAAGUUUAAUAAACAUUGUGCCAUACGUCCCGAUGAGCAAUUUCCUAUAAACUCGUAACUCUUUUGCUUUGAUUUCGUUGUCAAAAUUUAGUGAACGCUUGAGUAAGUUUAAGAAAUUGCAUUGAAAAUUGUUUAAUUAAGGUUGUGGCUUUGAGGGCCUAGGGCCAAAAGUUUUUCAAAAGCAGCUGCCUCAAAGGUUCAAGAUGCUCAAUUUAUCAACUCUCCCGCAUAUAUAGUAGAAACGUAAAGUACGUGUUCCAAAAUGCCAAACCCAGGCAGUUCCAUCUCUCUAUCAACCUUCUGCGUGUGUCCGAGCGGCUCAAUAAAUAAUUUACUUAAGCUUAAGUUUUAUGUAAAGCAGCAGAUUUUGCAUUGGCUCGUUGUAAUCCUUUGUCUAUUAUUUCAUUUAACAUGGCAAAACCGAGCAGACCAGAGCAGAGCCAGAGCCGAGCACAGACUUACAUAAAUAUUCCAUUUGCAAUGCAUGCCAAUGGCAAUGCCUUGGACCAUUGUGUCUAAAGGUUUAUCCUCAUCCCUAGUAUUUGCCUGCCAUUGUCAUUUCAUUUAGGUUCUCUUCUAUCUUCUUAUUCCCCUCCAAUCUUCUUUUCUACGUGCCUUUCUUUUUACUAUCCCAAACUAAUAACACACAAACGUGCAACGACGAGUAUUUAUCUAUGGUUAAAUUUAUUUAUUUAUUUUUCUACUCAUUUGAAACUCUUCUUAUUUAUUCCCUGGCUUUUGCAAACGCUUCUCGUAUUCUCUUUACUGAAAGAUAUACCCAUUAAAAAUGCAAGGAAUAAACUUGAUUCAAGUGUAGCUAAAGUCACAUUCCUUUUAUACAAAAACAGUUGAAUUUCUCGAUUGGAGUAAAGGAUAUCAUCUAGUCUAGCAAGAUAUAUUUUGUCUCUAGGUUUUUAGAUAUUUUGUUGUAGUUGGCGUUAAAUUGCAUGUCGCAUGUCCAACUUGGUGACCAUUGAUUGAUGGCAAUUGCGAAUUGCCAGAGAGCUUUGGACAACAAUGAAAAAAUGCAACAUUGUUCGAACUCCCUCAAAGCAGCUGCACAAACAAAUACACAAACAACGCAAUAAAUAGUUCAAAUACAAUGUGAAAAAGUGUGCUAAACAAUGAGAAUUUCAAUUGAUAAGUUGCAACCGGAUAUUGAAAAUCGUGCUUGAAUAAUUUGUUACAGAGUUUACAAUUUAUGUUCGAAAUCGUCAAUUUGGUGCUCCAUAAAAGCCAUCAUUUAUUAUGAUUGGAAACUCACUUUGCGAGCUUUAUCUAACAAUUUCAUUGACAAAUUUUUUCAUGAAAGAGGGACCAAAUUUAUUUUGAUCACAACUCCAGUUAUUUUGUUAUUUAACUUGCAUUCCCAAAAAAGAAGAAUACAUAAUAUAAAUAAUAAUAAUAAUACUUGAAAACACGAUAUUUAACAUAUAGCCUUGAUAAAACUAUUGCAGUAUUUACUUUACAAAAGAAAUUCAGCAAUUCUUUUUGCAAAUAACUAAAAAGCGCGUCAAUUUGUAAAUAUGAGUGAAAAGAAAGAUCGCAAUAAAUAUGGAAGAAAACAAAAAAGUGUUAAACUAAAUAUUUGUAAAUGGAAUGUUUAAGUAAUAAUAAUAAUGACAUUCAUGUAUAAAAAAAAAAUUUGUAUUACAUUUUCUUUGCUUUUUCCAAUUUAUUUUGUAUUUUUAUAAAUGUGUUGCCAUAAGGGAAAUGAUAAACAACAAUGUUAACGAUAAAAAUAAAUUUAAGCAAAUUGUAUUGAGAAGAAAAUGGGGUACAAUAAUUUACAUUUAUUAAAAAGAAAAAAUUAUGAGAUGAAUAAAAAUAAUGUGGCAGAUGCAAGGUCCAGAUGGAAAAUGAAAGGUUCAACAAUUUGCUCUUAGAUAUCAUAAUUGGAUAGCUGUUUUUCUCACUUUGGAACGUAAAGUUAAGCAUAGACUAAAGGCAUAAUUAAAGUAAUAAAAGAAAAAGAAGAUUAACAGCAACAAUAAGCUACACCAACUAAAUAUAAACGCACUUCAAUUAACCUUAGCUUAGUGUCAAUUGUCUCUCAAUUAUUUUUUCGGUGGAAAGUAGAAAUCUGCACAAUAAUCGAAGUUAAUUAUAGUAUAUAGAUAUACCAUAAACUCAAUACAAAAAUAUACAAAUACCGAAUAGAAUACGAAUAGUCUAGUAUUAAAUGCACUUACUGAAAUUAUCAUUUACAAAAUUCGGGUGUAAUUAGAAUUCUAAUUUGUGUACUUAAGCAACAAGAAGUUCGAUCAAAUGCAUUUCCCGAUGCGUGCGAACCAAAUGAUCCUAAUGUCAAUUUCAAGUUAAACUUAACUGUAGUUGUGUAAACGUAAACAUAUACAUAUACAUUUACAUACAUACGUACAUAUGUGUAUAUACUUGCAUAUAUACUGAUGUAGUUGCGUAAUUAUUAAGUCGGAAAAGCGAAAAAAAAAGAACACACAAAUAAACAACAUAAAAUUGAUAUGCAAAUCGAGUUACUUUAGCUACAACUAAACGUAUUUUAUGUAGUUGCAACACACACACAUACACACACACACAUACACAAUACUACUUUAGCGAACUCGCGGCGAUAGUUAAUUUAGGAACACAGACACACAUACAUAUACAAACAAUAGAGAUACUUACACUUCUUGGCAUGCAAAAAUAUUGUAAAAAGCAAUUGAAAAAGUGUGAUGAUAGCAAAACUAAUUCGAGUUGCUCAUUCGCAACACGAAAUAAAGCUGGUUGAAUUCCUUGUAUUCAUCACACAAGAAGAGAAGAGGGGAGAAAUUAUUCAAAUGUGAUUUUGCUAUAUAUCUUUUAUAUAUAUAUGUAUACAUACGCACUUAAUUAUGUACAAUUCGAUGGCUCUGGUUUAUGCAGUCGCAUACUUUUAGACAACAUUUAUUGUAGCAUACUUCUAGGCUAAUGCUCUUAAUGCUAACUGCAACUUUUGUUUGAUGCCAACGACGCCUUGCUGUCUCUGUGUACUCUCAUCAUUUGACUAUCACUUUCAGUUUCAAUUUGAUUUCAAAUUUCACGAAUAUUGAUAAUUUGAAUUUCGUUUCACCGACUAAAUGUAUAAAUGGAGUCCAAGUAAAAGCCACCGCCUCUAACUAUUUCUAAUUAAUCUUAGAGAAAAUUGUGAACAAAUUGUGUCUAUGCUAACUGUAAACUAUAAAUAAAGACGAACAAACAAAGUAUAAGAAAACAUUGAACGUAUAUAGAUGUGUGUGUAUGUAAGUGUGUACUCGUACCCGUUAACGUACUUGUACUUGUAACUAAAAGCUACUUAUAUACAGCAUAUACACAUUAUAGUAAACUAUACAUAAACAAAUAUAUAUAUAUAUAUAUAUAUAUAUAUAUAUAUGUAAUGAGAUAUAUAUAUAUACAUAGAUAUACAUAUGUACUUAUACAGGAUAAUCUUAUAUACAUACGCAAAUCCUUUUUGGACAAAUUUUUCGAUGUUGCUAAUACGGUAAACAAAUAAUUACACACAUAGGCGACACUUUCACCCAGAGAAGUGUACGAAAUUAUUGUAAGUUGUGGUGCAACCUGGUCGAGUAUAAAAAGAAAAGAAAAAUAAUUAUAAAAACCUAUGAAAUAGAUAAAUAAACCUGGCUAAUGCAAUAGGCUAAACCAAUGCUUAAACAACGUUUCGAUUAGAUUCAUGUGAAAAAAGAGGCACAGAAAUGAAGUGAAUGUAACUGGUAGAGGAUUGUAUUUUCUUAUGCUUGAGAACAUUUAUAGAACAUCCGAAAUUAUUAUUCAAACGAGCAUUCUCUCCGCCGAUCAUUGACUAGUGUCUAUAACUUUCUAUCCAACAUGUUUUUAGAACUACCCACCAGCUGCUCUUCCAAACAAGACGCAAAAUCAACACAAAAACCAACUAUACAAGUCCUUUUCCAAUGCAAUGCAAAUGAAAAAAACAAACAUAACAAAAGAUACUAUACAAAACGUACUUAGAUGAGUACAAAGAUAUGUGUAGACGUACUCUCAUAAUCUGAAUAUCUAAAGACAUGUUUUGCCAUCACUAUAAGAGAUGCUCUUCUCAACGCUGACUGCAGAAAUACCACCAUAUUUAACUAAAAGAGUAAAACUUAAACUUAAAGCAUAAACUUACGAAUCGAACAAUUCUUGAAUAUAUAUACAUACAAAAUAUAUAUAUUUUAAAAGCGAAUCAACUGUCUCAGAUCAAACUGAGGACAGAUCCAAUGCGAAGCUCAUGUAUACAAAACAUCAAAUACAAUUUAACAGCAAAUAAAUUUAAAUGAAAAUAAAAAUAAUACUAAUACAAGUAAUACAUACAUCAAAUAUAUUUUAUUAGUAGCAAAAUUUGACAACAAAACAAAUGAAAAUAAUAUUAAUUAUAAUAAAUAAAUAUAAAUGUUAUAUAUGAACUAAAGUUAAGUGUGUAUUGAAUAUCAUUGCAACAACUAACAAAAAUAAUUAAAUAAAAAAGGCAACUAAUCCAACCAAAAGUUGUUAAGUUUUUCCGCUUUAAGUGUCAAAUUAGCUAAAUAUUGUAAUUAUAAAAGAAUAAAUAAUAAUUGCUUGAUAAAAACAACAUCAACCAAAUAACAAAAAAAAAAACAAAACAACUCUAAAAAGACAAGAAACAAUUUUUAACUGUUAGCGCAAAUUUUAAUUGUAAAAAAAAAACAAAAAAGAAAUACAAACAAAUUAUUUAGUUAAGCGCAU